CCAAAAUGUUCCCUAGCUGCCCUAGCAGCCUUGGCCUGGAGACUCGGUCUGGAAGUGGGUGUAGGAGGAGGUGGGAGGCUGAGCGUGAGCCUCCUCGUCUCUCUGGGGCAGUCGCCUGUACGUAGAGACCUUUCGCUGACCUCAGCGUCCCGCUGCUGCGCAAGGAAGGGCGGGGCCCCUCCGGCCUGGACAGCAUCCGAAGCCAGUCCUCUGGAGGCCGCCGUAGUCCGAGGUAGUCGGUGGUCACAUGACCCAAGGCUGUACUAUGGCUUCCACCAAGCCGCUGUCUCGUUUCUGGGAGUGGGGCAAGAAUAUCGUCUGCGUGGGGAGGAACUACGCAGAUCACGUCAAAGAGAUGCGCAGCACCGUGCUGAGUGAGCCUGUGCUUUUCCUGAAGCCGUCCACCGCGUACGCUCCCGAGGGCUCACCGGUGUUAAUGCCCGCUUACUGCCGCAACCUCCACCACGAGGUGGAGUUGGGAGUGCUUCUGGGCAAGCGUGGUGAAGCGAUCCCGGAGGCUGCAGCCAUGGACUACGUGGCCGGCUAUGCCCUGUGCCUGGACAUGACUGCCAGAGAUGUGCAGGAGGAGUGCAAGAAGAAGGGGCUGCCGUGGACCCUGGCCAAGAGCUUUACGUCCUCCUGCCCUGUCAGUGCCUUCGUGCCCAAGGAGAAGAUUCCUGACCCUCAUGCCCUAAGACUGUGGCUCAAGGUCAACGGAGAGCUCAGGCAGGAGGGCAAAACAUCAUCUAUGAUCUUUUCCAUCCCCUACAUCAUCAGCUAUGUUUCCAAGAUAAUAACCUUGGAAGAAGGAGAUCUUAUCUUGACCGGGACUCCAAAGGGAGUUGGGCCAGUUAAAGAAAACGAUGAGAUCGAGGCCGGCAUAGACGGGGUGGUUAGUAUGAGGUUCAAGGUGAAAAGGUCAGAAUACUGAGUGUAGAGUGCCAAAGGGGAAGGGAGACAGAAGCAAGGGAAAUAAAUGACACUCAUAAUGAAAAUCUAAAAACUAUGCCAUCAGAUUGCUAGACAUGUCAAAAAAGAUGAAUCCUUAAAAAAUAACGUGAUCUAAAAGAGCUGGGUCAGAAAUAGAAAUAGGAGCAACGAAGCUAAAGGCUAUAGAAUGCUUCCCAAGAGGGCAAUGUUAAACUAAACUUUGAGAAGUUGUAGUUUUCUUUUCGAAAACUGAACUGAAUAAGACUUUCAGUAAAUCAUUCUGAAGUCUGUACCUCGAGACUUAAAAGUGCAAAGGAAGUGAUUCAUUAAUGCUUUUGGCCUUUAGGAAACCUGUUUGUACAGAGCACUCCAGUUGAUUUUUACUUGGGAAAGUCCUCCACCUCAAAGCCAGAGAAGAAUUUUGUUAAGUGAGCUAUUGCUGCAGCCCUGCCUUGUUUACUUUGGGUGUGGCUUCUGAGUUUGGAAGAUAAUUUUGAAAUUGUUUUCCAAAUAAAGACCAUUUCUUGUGUGACUGAAAA